AACACCUUUAAGUCCUGAAACUUUAUAUUAACGAGAGAUUUUCGCUAGAUUUUCACCAGAAAUAAAUGGAGUAACAGCAGACUUUGGACCCUCCGAUUCAAGAGUUCUGGAAUGCCAUCACAGUCUGCACUCUACUAAACAGCGGCUGUCUAUCUGCGAAAGGGGAGCUAGGAAAAUUAUCACUCAUCUUUCGAAUGAGUUGCAAAAACAUCCAACAGCAAAACAGAGUAGUAGCUCAGCUGGAUGGAGAUGCAGCCGAGCUUUGGGAGAAUUCUAGAAUCCUGUAUUGUUGGACAAGCCAAGUCAAUCACCGAACGCACUAGCCAUCUAUAUAACAGAUCUGACCUCCAAAGUCAGAAAAUCAUCAAGGUGCUGGGACUUAUACCUACUAGAUGACUUCUCCGUUCCUCAUCUCCGUGUUAGUUCUUCGCUCAUUGAUUACAACAAUUAAGACACCUGUGAGCAGCACAAUAAAACCAAAAGGACCACAAAAUGACUCAAGCACUCCAACCAUCACAAAAAGUUUAGUUCCAUACGCCAGAAACUCUGUGUUAUCUAAACCACCAUCAACAUCGAUGGACGUUCGCUUGGUGAACAAAAGAGGAAUCCAUUUAAUCAUGUUUGAAAACGGAACAAUAGCUGGCAGUUGGAACAGGGCUUUAACAACGAAAUAUGGGCUGUUUCGCAUUCAGUCUCACGGAACAAGCAUUGUAAAGUUGAAAAGUUUGACAACAAUGAAAUACAUCGCGAUCGGCAAUCUUGGACAAAUUUAUUCGACGGCAAACUCGUCCAAUGAAGACACUUUAUUGAAACACGCUCAGGAAGAGAAUCACUUCUACUCUUUUUGUUCCUACCUGUAUCCAACUAAUCAAAACCACUCAAACAGAAAAUGGCUUCUAGCGAUUGGAUCAAAAGGACGAAUAAGAAACGCUUCAAGGGUGUUACCACAACACAAAUCACAUCAGUUUCAGAUCAGGGAAAUACGAGAAAACAGUGGAAAAGGCGACUUAAAGGCUUUGCUGCAUAUUUUAGAUAAAAAAGGAAAGUAAAGAAAUCCAUGGUUAUGUUUGCGUCCAAUCUAAGAGAAGAGAAUAAUCAAAGAGAGAGAACUUUCUUCCUUCUGGGAUUAACUAUCAAGUUAUUUUAACAAGCAAAUCAUAUUUCUGAACAGCUGCAGUUUGCUGCGUUGAUGUUUUGUGGGAAAGGAGGAUCGCGAUCUUCGCAGGCACAAGUUGAAAGAGAAACAAUGGUCGAUAGUUUACCAAGUAUACGUGUGGCACUACUCCGGCCUUGCAAUUACGGGUUACAGAGAGACAGUCUGAUGGUGUUCUGUUUGGAGAUACAAGGAGUAGUGAGACCACAAGUAUCUAAAUUAUAGUUAAUUACGCUUACCCAGUACCUUGGUCCACGUGGACCAAUUACUUGGGAGCCAAAAUUUGUCACACUCGUCGCUGAUUGGUCCAUUUCUGGUAUCGUGGACCUAGUCUUGCACUCUAGUUGGGCAGCAAGCUGGGUUAGCAUCCUAUACCUCUCUCAACUCUGAUUGGUGUAAAACAAAUUCUACAAGCAAUUCGAAAUAUUAGGCCCAGAAGUGCUGCGCUAAAAUCCUUUAAUCCUUAGAAUAAUCGUUCCGAGUUAAAUGGCUUCACAGUCUGUGUUU